AUGUUAAAGUUCAUAGCACUGUUCACGCACUUGGCUCUCGCCGCUGCCUUGCCAGCACCAGAAUCGGACCUUACGGCCAGAGUUCCAGCAGCAGUGUCCUGUGCAUCAUCGUUCUCUUCAGGCAAAUAUCCCACAUGGCAACAAUUGCCUACGCAGACUACAAUGCCGGACCCGUUCCUGCCGCUAUCCAAAACAACAGCCGACUCGGGCAACACCGCAUCGGAUAUCAUGGCCGGUCGCGCCUCUGGUCGGAUAAGUACACCCGAUGAAUGGUACCAGUGUCGACAACCUGAAAUUAUCAACAUGCUGCAGGAGUAUCAGUACGGAUACUACCCAGAUCACUCACAAGAGACCGUAAAGGCGACGCGCAGUGGCACGACGGUGAAUAUCGAAGUAACGGCCAACGGGAAGACGGGUAAAUUUAAGGCUACACUGGUACUACCGAGUGGUGCUAGUGCGAGUGCAAAGGCACCGGUGGUGAUUAACAUUGGUGGCAUACAGAACCAACCCUACCUGCAGGCCGGUAUUGCUGUUGUAGGGUUUGAUUAUACAACUGUGGCGGCGGACAGUAAUUCCAAAACAGGCGCAUUCUGGGAUAUCUACAAGGGGCGGGACAUUGGUGUGCUCACAGCUUGGGCAUGGGGCUUCCAUCGUACCCUCGACGCGCUCAACAUGACCGUCCCCGAGAUUGAUUCAGGACGAGUCGGCGUGACGGGUUGCUCGCGGCUUGGCAAGGGAGCCCUGGCCGCAGGGCUAUUUGAUAAACGUAUCACCCUAACCAUGCCCAUGUCCUCGGGCGUCCAGGGUUUAGGACCCUAUCGGUAUCACAAUAUGUCUGGUCAAGAUGAGACCCUCGAGAACUCCAAGGCCGGCGCGGGCUGGUGGAGCGACUCUACCUUGGGUACUUUCGUAAAUCAUGCAGAGAGUCUGCCAUAUGAUGCGCAUACUAUCGCGGCUGCCAUAGCGCCCAGGGCACUAAUCAUCGAUCAGGGAAGCGGCGACCCGUAUACAAACUCCAAAGGUACGGCAGUGGUCGUGUUUCCGGCGGCUAAGCUCGUCUAUGACUGGCUGGGUGUUGGUGAGCAGAUCGGGAUGGCCAUUAGGAGCGGUGGGCACUGUGACAUGAGUGGCUUCACAAAUGUUUUGCCCUUCGUGCAGCAGGUCCUCCAGGGCAAAAAUACGACACGCAAUUAUGAUGACCUGAGCCCCUGGUCGCACACGCCCUCUGCUUACCCGUGGGCAACAAAUGUUCCACAAUCAUUGUGA